AUGCAAACAUAUUUGCCUGGAUUUGUAUACAAGUUGAAAACCAGUCCAAUUAUAAACAGGGAGGAGGUCGUAGAAAACCAACAACACUUUCGAAGAGUGUUCUGGACAUUCAAACCAUGCAUUGAUGGCUUCCCAUUUUGUAAACCAAUAGUGCAAGUGGAUGGAACCUUCCUUUACGGAAGGUAUAGGGGCACCCUUCUAGUAGCUGUUGCACAAGAUGGGAGAAAUAACAUUUUUCCCAUUGCAUUUGCUAUAGUAGAGGGUAAAACCGCCGAAACUUGGUUUUUUUUCCUUAAAAACCUAAGGACACACGUUACGCCUCAACAAAAUUUGUGCUUAAUGUCAGACCGCCACAAUUCAAUCAGUGCAACAUUCAACAGGCCCAGUAGUGGCUGGACUGAAGGGAACUGUGUGCAAGUGUUUUGUAUUCGACACAUUGCACAAAAUUUUACAAAAAGAUUCAAGAAUACAACUCUGAAAAAGGACCUCGUCAACAUGGCAUACGCAUUGACGGAGCCACGAUGUAACUACUACUACAACAUCAUUAGAGAAGACAACCCAGAAGCAGCAGCUUGGGUAGACCAAAUUCCAAGGGAGCAGUGGUGUCUUGCGUAUGAUCGAGGAAGAAGGUGGGGUCACGUAACAACGAAUCUAGCUGAAGCAAUAAAUUCUGUCCUGAAGAAGACAAGGAAUUUUCCCAUUUCAUCCAUAAUAUUGGCCACGUACACCAGGUGCAACACAUACUUCACAAAAAGAGGUAGGCAAAUAACUACAAUGGCCAGUGCUGGUCAUGUAUACUCUGAAUAUGCGACCAACUUCCUACAAGAUGCGGACUCCAAGUCAAACACGCACCAUGUCGUUGAAUUUGAUAGAAAUACCACAAGAUUCAGAGUGGAAGAGAUGGUCAAUUCCAGAGAAGUACGUCUUGCAGGAAAAUUUGUGGUUAGAUUAAAUGAAAGGUGGUGCGAUUGUGGAAAGUUUCAAAAAAUACAUCUACCAUGUUCACAUGUUAUUGCAGCUUGCAAGCAUGCACAUCACGACUUCAGCAUGUACAUAAGUCCCCAUUAUAGGCUGGAUGUCAUCAUGAAAGUAUAUGACAAUUUAUUUGGCGAGUUAAGACAUGAAGAAUAUUGGCCAACAUACCAAGGGUCACAGGUUUGGCCUCAUCCUACCACAAAAAGGAGCGAGAGGGAUCGUCCUAAAUCAAGUAGAAUUAGGACUGAGAUGGACAUUAAGGAAGGAAGACAAUCAAAAAAGUGUUUCUUUUGUAGAACUGAAGGACACACAAGAAAUCAUUGUCCUAAUAACCCUGCACUUAGAUGA